AUGAAUUUAGAUGAUCACAAUUCCAAUGAACAAAAACCUGAUAAAAAACUUCACUAUUACGAUCAGGAUUGGCCUCAACAAUAACAAACCAUAUCACCAAGAUUCACUCCCUAGUAGUUUUAUCUCUAACCACCUUAAAACAUCUCUGCAUUCAAUCUCUUACCUGAACAAGAAAUCCAAGAUAAAAAUAAGCCAAAAUAUCCAUUUAGAAAAUUAUCUGCUGGAGAUGGUUUAGAUUAAUAGGAAGAAGAUCAUAAUCGCCAUUUUUACAAUUAUCCACCACCAUACUAUUAGUAAAUGCCAUAACAAAUGAAAUAUCCUCAAAAUAACUAGUAUAUGCAAAAGUAUCCAUAACCCUAUCCUCCUCCUUGGUAUAGACCUCCAUAUCCACCAUUUUACUACCCUCCUUAUGAUAUGUCCUAAUACUAAAAUACCUUAUCGAAGGAGCUCUAAUCUAAAGUUAGUCAAUUAGUUUAAUAUUAAAAAGUCUCUCCUUUUCAAUGCAAUUGCAAAAAAAGUAAAUGUCUAAAACUCUAUUGUGAAUGCUUUACAAAUAAUUGGGUGUGUUCCUAAAGUUGUAAUUGUACUGAAUGCAAAAAUAGAAUCGACAAUCCAAAUGAAAGAUCUAAAGCUAUAGAGGAAGCUCUCCUUAGAAACCCAGAAGCAUUUGCUCCCAUCUUAACUAAUAACGGCCAAUAACCACAAGUCAUCCAAGAAUAAAAGUCUUAGAAAGACAUACAGAAAGAAACUAAAAAGGGUUGCAAUUGUAAAAAAUCGGAAUGCAAGAAAAAAUACUGUGAAUGCUAUAGCAUCAAUUAAAAGUGCACGGAACUCUGUAAAUGUGAGAAUUGUCUAAAUAAGGAGGAAUAAUAAUAAUAGAUUCAACCAGAAAAGGUAGAAAAACAUGUGUAGAUAGAAAUAAUAUAGUAAUAAUAAUAAGAAGAGGAGGAAGAGAUACAAAAAAAACCAGAUAGUAAAAAAUCAAAAAAAAUUAAAAAGGAAACAAUAUAAAACAAUAAAAAUAAUAAGAAAAAGAAAAAAAAUUGA